ACAGCCAGGCCCAGUCUGGGAAAGGAAGCAGCCUGUCCAUUGCUGUUGCACAAUCCAAUUAGCUCCGAGUUGCACUGAUAAGGAACUGGACCAGAUCACCACAGCAGCUUUGUUUGACCAGUUGUGCAUCUAAUAGUUGGCUGAUAAACAAUUGGACGCAUCCCCAGCACAGGUUUUUUUAUUCACUGCGAAUCUAAAAGAGGAAGAAAAAAAUUAAGAGCAACAUAAGAUCUGAGAUGAUCUUGACUGUGCACCUCCUGGCACUUCUCUUCACCUGGACAGUGUCAUUUUCUUUAGGAAUGGCUGAGAAAUUUGUUGUUCCAGCAUGUGACCAGAACAUGUUUGAUAGUCAUGUUGAAAACUGCAUGUCAGACUUCAGCAAGAACAUGGAGACAAGUGGCUACCAGGACAAGUGCCCAUGGCCAGCUGUAAAACGCAUCUACUAUGAACUGAAAGUGUGCGUGGACCACUGGGCCAAUAUAUCUUGGUGCAGGGGUCACAAGUUUCUGGUCGAUGAGCUGUUCUUGGAGGUUCAUCAGACGUACUUUUCGCUCUGUGGACAGGUCCACGACCCCUCACUCUCCACUCUCAUCAUGUUAACAGCACCUUCAGUCAUUGCCACACUGUUGCUGCCCCUUCUGUGUGUUCACCUCACUACAUAGAACACAGAGAGGUCUGGUUCUCUGGGGUUCUGAUGUACUAGACUGAUAAAUAGGUAAAUAGCAGUAUACUUUUCAGCUGUGUUUUUGUAAUAAUGUCCAUUCUGACAGUGGGUCUUACAAACUGCAUUCACUACCUCUGGUGCAAAGAUUCAGGACAUUCAAAUCCCAGGUCAUCCCAAAGCCAAUGCACAUUAAUUUUAGAUAAAUGAUAUAUAAAAUAUUAAACACCUCAGAUCCUCAGCUACUCUCACUGCAGUGUGUUUCAGGACAUUGUAGUAACAUCUGUGUUUACCUCUGUUGAAAUACUGUAUGUACAGUAUGAAACAAUUAUAUAAUCAGAACAGUGACAGUGACCCAGUUUAAGAAGUCCCACCACUGCUCUUGAAAUAUUAUAUACAUGCACACACACCAACAUACCCAACCAGACCUGUUACAAGGAAGUAUUGCACAUAAUUUCCCAGUAAUCUAAAAUCUAUAUAUUCAAAUUUUUAAACAUUCCAUUAAAUCAGAAGUGCACCCCACGAAUGGCUCAUAUUUCUUUGCAAGAAACUGUCAAGCUAUUUAUUGUUGUAGUAAUUUUUCUCCUCAAAAUGUAUAGAAGAAUGUUCUAUAUUUCUCUGUGGCUCCGUGUACUGUGAGGUUUUAGCAUAUCAUACAUUCUGUAGACAUAAAAAAUUAUACUUGACUCUCUGAAUGCUUUUCUGUGAAUGACUUCUACUUUCUGGAACUCAUUAUUUUGUCAUAUAUGUUCAACCCCACCCACCUAUGGUAAGUAGACAAAAACAAAGCCUGAACAAUGAUUUACUGCACUGGUUCAGUCCAACUUCAUUCCAGUAGUCUUUCACAACUACUGAUACUUGUAUAAUCUGUUUUGUGACCUUAUUUUUACCACAGACGAAAAAAAAAAAAAUAAAUAAAAUAAAAAUAGAACGAUUCUGUUUGUAUUUGAAACACAUAAUAAAUAUUUAUUUCAGACAAAAAAAAUAAUGUUUUACAGGAGUUUGAAAACCUCUUUACAGCCAUAGCAAGCUAGACCUGCUAUUUAAGUAUUCACACGACCUCAAUGUCAGUCUGGUAUGAAAGCAAACAUGUUGCAUUUCAUUCAUUUAUAAUCCGAUUGGUAAAGUAUAUGUAAAAAGAUUGUUGUGCAGACCUCGACAAAACAUUGUAAAGCUCCAUUAGGCAAUGGUUCGAAUUCCAGCACUGAUUUAUUGAUUCCCUAUAAUGUGAAAUGGAUGCUGAUCUCACUGAGAGUCGACUGGCAGAGAGCUGCAGUAAACAAGGCAGUGAGGAGAGUCCAGUGUCUAUCCAGUCCAAAGAAUAGUCUGCCAGUUUUCUCAAGAACUAGUGGACUCCAAAGAGUUUGUAAGAAUUAUAUGAAUAGAUCUAUCAUUACCUGCUAACACAUUAGAGCCUGACUGGACUUGUUGCUCUGUUGAAAGGUUUAAAAGUUACCUAAUGCAGCUUUAACAAUGCUUUGACAAAAAUUGUUGUGGCAUUGUUGUAAAAAAUAAUAGCUGUUUCUGACUGAACAUACCUAUCACAACACCCAAAUCAAAGCUGUUAUGUUAAAGUGUUUCACGGAAUAAAAAAGAACUAUCCACAAAAUAGGAAAACUGAAAAGAAUAAUAUUAAAUUUACAACAUAGGAGAUCAGCAAAAUGUGACACUGAAGACCAAAAUUAGGACACGGAGCCUGCUAAGGAACUAAUCCUUUGGUAUACAGUGCAAUUAAAGAGAAAUGAAGGGCUUUUCCAUCAUAUCCAAACUAUACUGUCCACUAUAAUUCUUUUGCUCUUGAGAAAAUAUCAGCUCGAGCAACCUUCCAUAUAGUCGUUUAUCACAUUUCAUA